GAGUUCGGCUGGGUCAACCAGCCGCACAACACCAACUCCGACGUCGUGGUGACCACGAACCGGGUCUACCUGUUCAGCCGCAACAACUGGAAGUUCUUCGACGCCUACACCGGUUGCCUUUUCGUGUGCUGCUGGUGCAGCUGCUUCUGGAGGUUCCUCCAGGGCAGGAAGGGCCUCAGGAGACAGAGCGCGUUCCUGGACCUCGACAUGCUGCUGUCGUUCUGCACGGAGGUAGACAUCACGCAACCUGUGUGGGUCGACCGUAAGCGGUGGCCGUGCUGGAUUCCUUGUCUGGACACCUGCAUGAAGUGGUGUACGCUCUGCAUGACCUGCAAGGACGUCAAAGGUUGCCUGACCUUCAAGAAUUGCAAGUUGGGGGUCGAUUGCAACAAAGAGACGUGCAGCGUCACGCCGCAGCGGGCUGGCCCGAGGGCGCAGCUGUGGAUGAUGUGGCGCCACAGGUACAACCCAGCGCAGCGGGACCUGCAGCUGCAGAUCAGGCCCUACAUGCUGAAGGACCCCACCCUCGUGGCCGACGCGCUUUCGUCCUGCUUCAAGACCAAGAGGUUUGUCGAGGAGGUCGAGCUGAAGGAGGAGGGCGACAACGAGUCGCCAGACUACGAGAAGGUGGAGAUGCUGAGGAAAAUCAUGGGGAUUACCCAGGACAUUGCUGGCCGUGCCACGCCGUUCCCCUUCUGA